ACCGCCCUGCAGAAUCUCAAGUCUCCCCAUCCCAGCAGCCAACCCCGCCACCGCAUCUCAAACCGCCACUGUCUCGUUUACCGUAAGCAGCAGCAGCAGCAGCUGACCGACCUCCUAUUCUGCCUGUAACCUCCUUCUCCUCUCCGGCAGGAUGGCAGCGCACCACCCAGAGUUUGAGCGGGCUGGUAAGCAGACGGGCCUUCAGGUGUGGAGGGUUGAGAAGUUCGAGCUGGUGCCCGUUCCGGAGAACCUCUACGGGGGAUUUUACACCGGCGACGCCUACCUCAUCCUCAACACCAUCAAGCAGCGCUCCGGAAACCUGCAGUACGACCUCCACUUCUGGCUGGGUGACCACUGCACCCAGGAUGAGAGCGGCUCGGCGGCCAUCUUUACGGUCCAGAUGGAUGACUUCCUGGGGGGGAAACCAAUCCAGUCCCGUGAGGUCCAGGGAUAUGAGUCCAAAACCUUUCUGGGCUAUUUCAAGACUGGAAUCAAAUACAUGAAAGGGGGCGUAGCGUCUGGCUUCAAGCAUGUAGUCACCAAUGAAGCCAUUAUGCAAAGGGUGCUGCAGGUCAAAGGUCGUCGCGUUGUCAGGGCAACAGAGGUGCCUGUCAGCUGGGACAGCUUCAAUCAGGGAGACUGUUUCAUUCUGGAUCUGGGAAGUGAGAUUUACCAGUGGUGUGGCUCCCAAAGCAACCGCUUUGAGAAGCUGAAAGCUACCCAGGUCGCCAAAGGUAUACGUGACAACGAGCGCAGCGGGCGAGCCCGUGUUUACGUGUGCGAUGAAGGGGUGGAGAGAGAGAAAAUGCUGGAGGUCUUGGGCCCUAAACCGGAUCUGCCUGAAGGGGCCUCUGAUGAUAUUAAAGCGGACGCCUCGAACCGAAAGAGGGCCAAACUCUACAAAGUGUCCAAUUCCAGUGGCGAGAUGGCCAUUGCCCUGGUGGCAGCAGAAAACCCGUUCUCCCAGAGUGCCUUGGAGUCCAGCGACUGCUUCAUUUUGGAUCAUGGUUCAAAUGGCAAGAUCUUUGUCUGGAAAGGCAAAGAGGCCAACAUUGACGAACGUAAGGCAGCCAUGAAGGCAGCGGAUGAGUUUAUCAAGAAGAUGGGCUACCCCAAACACACACAAGUCCAGAUCCUGCCAGAGAUGGGAGAGACGCCACUUUUCAAGCAGUUCUUCAAAAACUGGCGGGACAAGGACCAGACAGAGGGCCUGGGCGUGGCCUACAUCUCCAACAGCAUCGCCAAGAUUGAAAAAGUGGCCUUCGAUGCAGCGACCCUCCACGACUCCCCUGCCAUGGCAGCCCAACAUGGCAUGGUGGAUGACGGACUUGGAGAGAAACAGAUCUGGCGUAUUGAGGGAGCGGACAAGGUGCCAGUUGAUCCAUCCACAUAUGGACAGUUCUAUGGAGGGGACAGCUAUAUUAUCCUGUACAAUUAUCACCAUGGAGGACGCCAGGGACACAUUAUCUACAUGUGGCAGGGAAUGGACUCAAGCCAGGAUGAAAUCGGGGCUUCAGCCAUCCUUACUGCCCAGUUGGAUGAGGAGCUUGGUGGCGGGCCUGUGCAGGUGAGAGUGGUCCAGGGUAAGGAGCCAGCCCAUCUGAUGAGCCUGUUUGGAGGGAAACCUAUGGUGGUGUACAAGGGAGGUACGUCCAGAGAGGGCGGUCAGACUGCCCCUGCCGAUGUUCGUCUGUUCCAGGUGCGCUCCAACUCCACCGGGCAUACGCGAGCUGUGGAGCUUGACCCAGUGGCGUCCAACCUUAAUUCCAAUGAUGCCUUCAUCCUGGUGACCCCGGGGGGCUCGUUCAUGUGGGUUGGUGUAGGAGCCAGCGACGCAGAAAAACAAGGAGCGCAGCAGCUGUGUGACAUCCUGGGAGUGUCUGCGUCCGAGCUGCCCGAAGGAGGAGAGAGCGAUGAUUUCUGGGAGGCUCUGGGAGGAAAGACUGCGUACCGCACUUCCACUAGACUCAAGGACAAGAUGGAUGCUCAUCCCCCCAGGCUGUUCGCUUGCUCCAACAAGACCGGAAACUUCAUUAUUGAAGAGGUACCCGGGGAGAUCACCCAAGAUGAUCUUGCCGCUGAUGACGUCAUGAUCCUGGACACCUGGGAGCAGGUGUUUGUCUGGAUUGGCAAUGAGGCUCAAGAGGAGGAGAAGACUGAGGCAAUGCCCUCAGCGACACGCUAUAUUGAGACAGACCCAGCCAACCGAGAUCCCAGGACACCCAUCGUAAGGAUCAAGCAAGGCUUCGAGCCACCUACGUUCACAGGCUGGUUCCUGGGCUGGGACCAAGACUACUGGUCCAGUGACCCUCUGGAGCGGGCCAUGGCUGAACUGGCACUUUGAGCUCUAUCCCCUCUUACCCCUGACCUUUAACUCUGCUGCCCCACCUCACGCACUGAGCUCCAGCUGUUAAGACUUUAAAUAGGCAGUCACCAAUACAAUACCAACCUCCUGCCUUCACAAUCACAGGACUAAUAUUUUUAAUUUUUUUUGUUUUUACUUUUGGUAAAUGUGUUAAAACCUUGUUUUUUUAAGGGCUGAAUAGUGAAUAAUCAUGUAAAAUUAAAGGUGCAGUACAGGUAGUCCCCGGGUUACGAACGUCCAACUUCUGACCUCCGGAAAGCCUAUUGUUUUUAAAAAUCGAGUCACACGCAAUGGUUCGUACUUAACGAACGGACGGACUACUUUGCGCGACGCUCAAAACACUCCGCGUUUUAGGUGGUUUGUCGGCCCGAGGGAGAACAAGGCCACGGCGUCGCCGCCAGCUUAAGUCGGACAGCGCCGGGAACGCUGUUGUUGUUGUUGUGUGCGCUGUUUUCACUUACUCCAAAACGCAAAUCUGAUGCAAGGGAUGGUGAUGCACCGCAGGAAAGGAAAUCGAUCACGAUUGAAACGAAAGUGGAAGUAAUAAAGCGUCCAGAGAGGUGAAACGCUCUUACCGUUUUUUCUUUCUUCCGCUUACCCGGUGAGGCGGGGAGGCGAGCCCCGAGCCGGCUCUCGUUUCUGGCGUCAAACAGCCGGCCUCCGCCGCUCGCGACCCGCUCCCGGGACAGUGGCAGGUGGGGAGUUUGAAAUGUAAGAAAUGUUUCUUUAUCAAGUUUUUUUUUUUACACACAUUCUCUCUCUCAAUUAUAAAUACUGUACUGUAGUUAGAUUUAUUAUUACUGCAUUAUUUUUAUGAUGUUUUAGGACAACUAUAUACUGUAACGUGCAUGAAUAAGUAGACACGUUGGUCCUUGACUAACGGGUCGAACCAUUUAGUCGACUGGUUAAUGUUGUGGCUUGCGGAGCGGGAGACACGGGUUCCCGUCCCGGCUGUGGCGGUUCCCGGGCUGCCCCCCGAAUUCGCUACACUACUUUAACACUAAGACAAACAUUUGACAAAUCGAUGCUAGAUGUGAACUGUACGUAACUGUUCCGACUUACAUACAAAUUCGACUUAAGAACAGACUCAAAAGCGCAGCUCGUUCGUAACCCGGGGACUUCCUGUAUUUUAAUUCGCUCUGUCACACAUAUAAGAGUAUUGUUGUUGUUUUUUCCCCCAUUUUAACGCUGAUAUCCGUGGUUCCCCUGAUCUGUCCUUCCCUUUGGCAGUGAGAACUACAAACAUGGUGUAGCAGUCUUUUUUUGUGUGUGUGUGCCGUCAGCUCAACAGGGAACAGUUCCCACCCAUGUAGAAACAGCAUCCCUGGACCAAAACCAACACAAGCAGUCUAAUGUUUCACAAACUCCAUCAAACCAUAUGGGAACACUGAUAUGCUGUAAUAUCCAUGCUUGAGUUGGUAAAUGACCUAUGCAACAGAGACAUCACUAAAUAGUCACCACAUUUCAAUCCUUUUUUCCCGUUUGAGUAGGAACAUGUUUGCCGCUGCACCGGUGUUCGUCCCACCCGUUGAAAAAUGUCAGUUAGCAUUACGUAACCUGACUCUGUGGUUCAGAUGGCUAUAAUACCUAUUUGAUAACGGAGAAAAACCACGGAUUUCAGCUUUAAGUUUAAGUGGCCAAUAGAAAGUAGAGCUUUACGGGAUCCACAGGCCUCCCACAAGGUUUUGCACUAACUAGUCUGCCACUAUGACCUUUAACGAAGCUCAUUUUAGAAAUAUCUAUUUUGUUAGAUUUGUGUCUUGACAGGGAAACCAUCUAACUUGGUAAGACAUCAAGUAUAUGAACCAUCUUAGUGUGCCGUUAUUAUGGACUAGUCACUGCCUAAAACAAAUGUCCCACAAAAAGCAAUAAUACCGAUGCCUUAAUCUUUCUUUGUUGAUACCCGUAGUAUCUGGAGUACUUUGCCGUGGUUUAAGGAGGGCUGUGCAGUUAUUUGCACAUUCUGUGAGUCAACGGCCUUUUUAAAAAUGGCUUUUACUUGACGCGUUUGUAAAAUUACAACUUCUCUGCUUCUCGGCUAGUGUCCUGUGCGCCUAUCUAGGAUGCUUGAGCAAUGCUGGAGUGGCCUACUUAGCAUUAGCCUACUUUUAUGAGGUAUCCAAAGCUUUCCUGCAAGAACCCCAACCAGUCAUUAUUCCUUCUGACAUUUACUGUGGUUCCCCGAAGCAUUACUGUUGUCUCAAUAAAAUCCCAGUAUGAAAACAUGUGUACUGUGUGCUUGUCUCCUUGCACUUACAACCACUUCUGCCUGACCUACUACCUGUAACAUAACCACAGGAAGACAAGGCUUUGUUCAACAGUUAACACAGCUUUAUUUCAUAUUCUCAAAAAAUGUAUGUAGAUUAUGAUAAAUUCACAACACAUUCCAGAAAAAGAAUGCACAUUACUUCUGAAAACUAAACGAAAUGUUUACAAAAACGUAAAAAAAUAAAUAAAAAUACCAUUAAAAAAAAAAAAA